AUGCGGUGGGCUUUUGUUGCCGCCCUGCUCUGGGCGGCAGUUCUUUCUCCAGUCACUCUGGCUGCGUCUCGUUUGAAGCCUCCUGUAUUGCCGUUGAUCGUGCGAAAUCCAUAUCUGAGCACCUGGCUGGGAAAUGCCCGCGGUGAUCCGUGGUCAAAAUGGCCCAUGUUUUGGACUGGCCAAGAAAUGGGCAUGAGUUUGUUGGCCCAGAUCCCCAGCACCGGUAUGGUCUAUCCGUUGCUUGGAAGGCCGCACGAUUCGCUAGACUCGAAGAAUCCUGAUGGCUACCAAUUGGCAUUUGCGACGUUCCUUGGCUCGAGUUAUGAUGCGUCAACGACAAAUUUGACGUAUCGCAUUCCUGUACAUGUCAAGGGAAAGCAAGCUACUGAUGUGGAUAUCAUUGUUUCGUUCUUGUCUCCAAUUACACCCACUUCCACCCUUCGCCAGUCGGUUCCGGCUUCUUAUGUGACUAUUUUCGUGAACGGAGAUAUCAAUGUUAAUGUCUAUAUGGACCUAAACGGCCAGUGGGUCAGUGGGGACCGAGGCAGUAUGCUAGAAUGGCGAUUCGAUCACCUUAUCCCUGAACAAGGCGCGAAGAGUUUAUUGAAAUGGCAAGAUGCCCGUUACGAGUCUGGCACAUCAGCAGUACUACGAAAACGCUUUGCAAGGACGGGAACAUUGCAGAAUGUCAAUGAUCCUGUUUAUCGCACCGUCAUGGAUAACGAGCCGGUCUUCGCAUUCGCUAAAUCAUUUAACCUCAGUAGUAACGCCCAAGAAGAUGCGGUGACUUUUACUGUCGCACAUAUUCAAGACCCGGUGGUUCAAUUUGCUGCUGCCCGAGGGUUAACCUUGAUGAAACCAUUAUGGCAGUCAUGGUUUCCGGACGUGAACAGCCUCGUUGUUUUCCACUAUCACGAUUUCAAUAACGCUAGGCUUCUUGCUACCAAAUAUUCAAACCAGUUGGCAAUCGAUGCAUUCCUAUCUGGAGCCGAAGAUUACGUGGACAUUGUUGCCCUGUCGGCAAGACAGGUUCUUGGAGCAACCAGUUUUUCUGGAACCGCAGAAAAUCCAAUUUUGUUUCUCAAGGAGAUAUCUUCGAAUGGAAAUUGUCAGACCGUGGACGUUAUCUUCCCAUCAUUCCCAUAUUUCCUCUAUACAAACCCGCGGUGGCUGGCGUAUCUGCUUGAGCCUCUCAUCGAGCACAUGCUGAGCGGACAGUACCCUAACAAUUACUCUAUGCAUGACCUAGGUUCGCACUUCCCCAAUAUGACUGGUCAUCCUGAUGGAAAGGACGAGUAUAUGCCGGUUGAAGAGUGCGGAAACAUGCUUAUCAUGGCACUCGCCGUUGUGAACUCGCUUAGAUACCCUGCGGGAGCCGCUGGUGAGGAGUCACACGGCAUUGAUGUUGAUGCUCCCCCCGUGCAUGGUAUAUUCCCGCUAUCUCCUCUUCAGGUUAGCGAUGGGAUCGACAAGAUUGAUAACCCGUGGAUUGAUGGCGGUUCCGUUUCUCGUGCGCGUGAAUGGGUUGAGAGAUCCUACUCCUUAAUCAAGAAAUGGACUGGCUAUUUGGUUCGAUUCUCUCUGAGGCCUGAGAACCAGCUAUCUACCGAUGAUUUUGCUGGAUGGUUGGCCCUCCAAACAAAUCUUGCUUUGAAAGGUAUAGUUGGCAUCAACGCUAUGAGUGAGCUGUCCCGAUUUAUCGAGAAUAGAAACGAUACAUCCUACUACAAGAACAUAUCCGACACAUACAUUUCCAAGUGGGAAGGUUACGGCCUUUCGAGAGACAAAACGCAUGCCAAGGUCGCUUAUGACUGGUAUGGUUCCUGGACUACUUUAUACAAUAUGUACGCCGAUGCAAUCCUAUGUUUCCAUUUAGAUGGCACACAAUACGACCCCGAUCCUCGAUCGGACCAGCACCCAUUAUCCGGGCCUGUUAAACGCCGUGAGGGAUUCAUCCCAAAACAUAUUUACACUUUACAAUCAAAAUGGUAUCAUAAUGUACGGCAAAAGUACGGCCUACCCCUUGAUAGUAGGCACCUGUACACCAAGUCAGAUUGGGAGUUCUUCGCCAUGGCAGUGGCUAGUGAGUCAACUCGUCACGAAAUUUUGGAGUCCGUUGCCCUGUGGCUUAACGAGACGGCUACGGAUCGUCCCAUGACGGAUUUAUAUAAGACUGAAGGCGAUGGUGGUUUUCCAGGCCCUAAUUUCUUUGCUCGACCAGUGGUUGGGGGACACUUUGCCUUCCUAGCUCUGGAGCGAGCCUGUAGGGGAAAGGCUAUGGAUGGCUUAAAGUUCCUUAAUGAAGGGGCCAGUGGGGAUAUAGAUAAAGAGGAGCCAUCUUAUGGAGACGAUGACGAAGAUGGUCAUGAAGAUGAUAGGAGAAUAGAGCUUCAAGGGGAGCAGCAUGGGUCACAGGUCAGAAUUGCUUUGAAUGAUGGGUUUGAUGGCGAUCAUAGUUGGGCUGGCCCCGACGAUGAGCUGCUUUAA